GCGGCACGGGCCGGGCGGCACCAUGGCGGCGGCGGAGCCGGCUGCUCCCGCGGCGGCGCCCUCCGAGGCGGCGACGGCGACGGCGGGGGCCGAGGCGGGGGGCGAGGACGGCCGCGAGGUCCGGGUGCUGCAGAGCCUGCGGGGCAAGAUCUGUGAAGCUAAAAAUUUAUUGCCAUAUCUCGGGCCCAACAAAAUGAGAGAUUGUUUCUGUACAAUAAAUUUGGACCAGGAAGAAGUCUAUCGUACCCAAGUUGUUGAAAAGUCUUUAAGCCCAUUUUUCAGUGAAGAAUUUUACUUUGAAAUUCCACGAACUUUCCAGUAUUUGUCUUUCUAUGUUUAUGAUAAGAAUGUUUUACAAAGAGACCUGCGUAUAGGAAAAGUAGCCAUCAAAAAAGAAGACUUAUGUCACCACAGUGGCAAAGAAACUUGGUUUUCACUACAGCCUGUUGACUCUAAUUCAGAGGUUCAGGGUAAAGUUCACCUUGAAUUAAAACUGAAUGAACUGAUAACAGAGAAUGGAACUGUGUGCCAGCAGCUUGUUGUACACAUCAAGGCCUGCCACGGGUUGCCGCUCAUAAACGGACAGAGCUGUGAUCCUUACGCCACGGUGUCUCUAGUGGGUCCCUCCAGGAAUGACCAAAAGAAGACAAAAGUAAAGAAGAAAACAAGCAAUCCGCAGUUUAAUGAAAUCUUUUAUUUUGAGGUUACCCGAUCCAGUAGUUACACCAGAAAGUCUCAAUUCCAGGUAGAAGAGGAGGACAUUGAAAAGCUAGAAAUCAGAAUUGACUUGUGGAAUAAUGGCAAUCUGGUCCAAGAUGUUUUCCUGGGUGAGAUUAAGGUUCCUGUGAAUGUGUUAAGAAAUGAUUCUUUUCAUCAAGCCUGGUACUUGCUACAACCUAGAGACAAUGGCAACAAGUCCUCUAAAAGUGAUGACCUGGGAUCUCUUCGAUUAAACAUAUGCUAUACAGAAGAUUAUGUGCUCCCUUCAGAGUACUAUGGUCCUUUAAAAACCUUGCUGCUAAAAUCACCAGACAUUCAGCCAAUAUCUGCCUCGGCUGCUUACAUUUUGGGUGAAAUAUGUCGAGAUAAAAAUGAUGCCGUUUUGCCCCUUGUACGAUUGCUGCUGCACCAUGAUAAACUUGUUCCUUUUGUCACUGCAGUGGCUGAAUUAGACUUGAAGGAUACCCAGGAUGCAAACACCAUUUUUAGAGGAAAUUCUCUGGCCACCCGAUGUCUGGAUGAGAUGAUGAAAGUGGUGGGUGGUCACUACUUGAAAGUGACCUUGAAGUCUAUUCUAGACGAGAUAUGUGAAUCCUCAAAAUCCUGUGAAAUUGAUCCCAUUAAAUUAAAGGAGGGAGAUAACGUAGAAAAUAACAAGGAGAAUCUGCGCUACUAUGUGGACAAGUUGUUCAGCACAAUUGUGAAGUCGAGCAUGAGCUGCCCCACGGUAAUGUGCGACAUCUUCUACUCUCUGAGGCAGAUGGCCGCACAGAGGUUUCCUAAUGACCCUCAUGUUCAGUAUUCUGCCGUGAGCAGCUUUGUAUUUCUGCGUUUCUUUGCUGUAGCCGUAGUGUCACCUCAUACUUUUCAUUUGCGACCUCACCAUCCAGAUGCACAGACAAUUAGGACAUUAACUCUCAUCUCAAAAACCAUUCAAACUUUGGGAAGCUGGGGAAGUCUGUCCAAAUGCAAGUCAAGUUUCAAAGAGACAUUCAUGUGUGAAUUUUUCAAAAUGUUUCAAGAAGAAGGAUACAUUAUAGCAGUUAAAAAGUUCUUGGAUGAAAUUUCAUCUACCGAAACUAAGGAGUCCAGCGGUACGAGUGAACCUGUGCAUCUGAAAGAAGGUGAAAUGUAUAAAAGAGCUCAGGGAAGAACUCGGAUUGGAAAAAAGAAUUUCAAGAAACGAUGGUUCUGCCUGACAAGCAGAGAACUCACCUACCACAAGCAGCCAGGUAGCAAAGAUGCCAUUUAUACAAUUCCAGUAAAAAACAUUCUCGCUGUGGAAAAACUGGAAGAGAGCUCUUUCAAUAAGAAAAACAUGUUCCAAGUGAUCCACACGGAGAAGCCACUGUAUGUGCAGGCAAAUAAUUGCGUGGAGGCGAAUGAAUGGAUUGACGUGCUCUGCAGGGUGAGCCGAUGCAAUCAGAACCGGCUCAGUUCCUACCAUCCCGCCGCCUAUCUCAACGGGAACUGGCUCUGCUGUCAGGAGAGCAGUGAGAACACUCCGGGCUGCAAGCCGUGCACUGCAGGGGUCCCUGCAGACGUCCAAAUAGAUAUCGAUGAGGACAGAGAGACAGAAAGGAUUUAUUCCCUUUUUACCCUCAGUUUACUUAAGCUGCAGAAAAUGGAAGAGGCGUGUGGAACCAUAGCCGUCUACCAGGGGCCGCAGAAGGAGCCUGAGGACCACGCCAGCUUCGUGAUCGAGGACUCGGUGACAACCUUUAAGACAAUCCAGCAAAUAAAAGGCAUCGUAGAGAAGCUGGCGGAACCUCAUGAAAAGUACCAGAAGAAACGGUCAAGCAGUGCCAAGUACGGGAGCAAGGAAAAUCCAAUUGGGAAAACGUCUUAGAGUUGGACCGACCGACUCAGAAGAACUGGAAAGUACUUUUUUUUCUUGGAGUUUUUCAAUCCGUACGUUUUGUUGAUAGUAUUUAAGAAUGAACGUUGGCUCCAAUAUCGCCUGCGUUCACAUUGUAUUUAAUAUUUAAUAACUGAGAUUAACUUGGGGAAUCCUGGUACUGAUGUAUUACUAAAGAAUUUGAAACCCAGAUUUCCUUCAUACCUGUGUGCCCAAACCCCUCCUUCUGCGGCUUUUCCACGGAAAGGACCUUGCGAAGAAGCUUCCCGAAGCAGCUUUGUAACCGGAAGCCAGCUCCCCGCCCCCCCACCUCCACCCCAUCGUGUGGACUUGUUCACUGCCACGAGUGCCUGCUCUCCACCACCUACCUUGUUCUACUAGAAGAUUCCAUGUCACCUGACAGCUUCCCAUUGGGUUCAUCUGGACCUGGCCCUCCGUAAGAAAGGAAA